GGGAAGAGGAGGAAACCAUCAAGAGCUCACGCGCUGUAGUUCAUAUGAACGGUUUUACUAGCUAACCCGCCAGCGCCUGACGCCGCCUCACCCCUUUUCCCCUCAACCAUAGCUGUUGCUAGAACGUUGGGCGUGCCGUUUUUUAGGGUUCUCUUGCGCCUGCGUGCUUGGCGUCUUACGGCCGCGCUCUCUUCACUCCCGCCUGCUUACGUCGUCUCCCCCCUCCCUCAUCACCCUUUCCCCCUCCCUCUAGGAGAAAAUCUUCAUCAUCGCCUCCAUCAGCGGCAGGGAGGAACUGGCGGGCCGCCGCCAGUGCAGCAGUCAUCACGCCCCAAUCCUGAAGGAGUUAGAAGCUGCUGGUUUUCUUCUGGUCUCUGAUCCUGUUUGAACCCUGCGAUGGGUAGAAUUUGAGAACUCUGCUUCAGCUGCUAGCUAUUGUGUUGAAUUCAUGUGGCAGAAGGCAGCGUCGUUCUGAAAUGGAAGUUGGAUCUUCAUUUAACAAAGCCAACCUUUCUUUGGAAACUGUGUCAGUACUAAAUAGUGAAGAAUAUGUAUUGGUUAAUAAGCAAACUGAUGAUUUUUAUGCAAAAGAUGAGAAAUCCCAGCUGAUGAUGCUUCAAAAUGAAGAUCAAGAAAUGGAGAAAGCCAUGGAAGAGAUACUGAGGGAUUCUGAUAAAGGCCAGAAGCAGAGUACUAAUACCGAUGCAGAAUUCAGUGUGGAUUGCGCAAUGUCACUUGAAGAUGAUUCUGUCAGCCACCCUUCUGUGCAUCUUCUGCUUGAUCCUUCCACCAUGGAAGUUCUUCCACAAAGAUCCUGUUCUCCUCCUGUACCUUCAGAAGAAGAUAGUGUAUUGUUCAACAAACUAACUUACCUCGGGUGCAUGAAAGUUUCUGCUCCUCGGAGUGAAUCGGAGGCACUGUGUGCGAUGGCAGCUUUGAAAAAUUCAAGUCAUCCACCUUUCCCUGUAACUCUGUAUGUUCCAAAUAUUCCAGAUGGUUCUGUUCGAAUAAUUGAUCAAUCCAGUAGUACAGAAAUUGCUUCUUUCCCAAUCUACAAAGUGUUGUUCUGUGUCCGUGAGACUUCAGAAUGUGGCUGCUUCGCGUUCACGGCAAGCCUUUCUGACCCUGAUGAGUUCCAGAUUCAUGUCUUCUCCUGUGAAAUUAAAGAGGCAGUCAGCCGAAUUUUAUAUAGUUUCUCAACAGCAUUCAAACGUUCUUCCAAACAAGGAUCAGAUCAUGUAAAGGAUGCUAUUGUUCCAGCUCCUGACAGUGAUGUAUUCACUUUCAGUGUGUCUUUAGAAGUCAAAGAAGAUGAUGGUAAAGGAAACUUCAGCCCAGUACCAAAGGAUAGAGAUAAACUUUAUUUCAAACUAAAGCAGGGAGUUGAGAAGAAAGUUGUGAUCACUGUACAACAAAUUUCCAACAAAGAAUUAGCCAUUGAAAGAUGCUUUGGGAUGCUGCUUAGUCCAGGCCGAAAUGUCAAAAACAGUGACAUGCACUUACUGGAUAUGGAGUCUAUGGGGAAAAGCUGUGAUGGAAAAGCUUAUGUUAUUACUGGAAUAUGGAAUCCUAAUACAGAUACCUUUCAAGCCCUAAAUGUGGAAACGCCUAAGGAUAAACAGGUGUACAUGACUGUGGCUGUGGAUAUGGUGGUCACAGAAGUGGUAGAACCAGUCCGUUUUCUGCUGGAGACACUUGUACGUGUAUAUCCUGCCAAUGAGCGCUUCUGGUAUUUCAGCAGAAAAACAUUCACAGAAACAUUCUACAUGAAAUUGAAACAGUGUGAAGGAAAAAACUAUACAAAUGCUGGAGAUGCGAUUUAUGAAGUUUUGAGUCUGCAUCGAGAAUCCAAAAAAGAGGAAGAACCAGUCAGCCCAUCAAGUAGUGGAAUCCCAACAUCACCUAAAGAGGAUGAUGAUGAAGAGGAAAGUGAUAAUGAACUCUCAAGUGGCACUGGUGAUGUGUCAAAGGAUUGUCCAGAGAAAAUCUUGUAUUCCUGGGGAGAGUUACUUGGAAGAUGGCAUAGUAACCUUGGUGUACGGCCAAAAGGAUUGUCUUCAUUGGUGAAGAGUGGUAUUCCAGAGGCAUUAAGAGCUGAGGUUUGGCAGCUGCUAGCAGGAUGCCAUGAUAACCAGGCAAUGUUGGAAAAAUACAGAAUACUUAUAACAAAGGAAUCUGCCCAAGAAAGUGUCAUUACACGAGACAUUCAUCGUACAUUCCCUGCACAUGGAUAUUUUAAAGAUACAGGAGGAGAUGGACAAGAAUCUCUAUAUAAGAUCUGUAAGGCAUAUUCAGUAUAUGAUGAAGAAAUUGGUUAUUGUCAGGGUCAUUCUUUCCUUGCUGCUGUUCUGCUACUGCAUAUGCCUGAAGAACAAGCAUUCUGUGUGCUGGUGAAGAUAAUGUAUGACUAUGGCCUGCGGGACCUCUAUAAAAACAACUUAGAAGAUCUUCGCAGCAAAUUUUAUCAGCUGGAGAGACUUAUACAGGAGCAGCUGCCUGAUUUGUAUAGCCAUUUCUUGGAACAGAACCUGGAAGCUCAUAUGUACGCAUCCCAGUGGUUUCUCACCCUCUUUACUGCCAAGUUCCCACUCUGCAUGGUCUUCCACAUAAUUGACUUACUCCUUUGUGAGGGUCUGAAUGUAAUCUUUAAUGUGGCACUUGCUCUCUUAAAGACCUCCAAGGAGGACCUUCUACAAGCUGAUUUUGAAGGAGCUUUGAAGUUCUUUAGAGUACAGCUGCCCAAAAGGUACAGAGCUGAAGAAAAUGCAAGGAGGCUUAUGGAACAGGCCUGCAAUGUAAAAGUACCUACAAAGAAACUGAAGAAAUAUGAGAAAGAGUAUCAAAUGAUGCGAGAGAACCAGCUGCAACAGGAAGACCCUCUGGACAGAUACAAGAGGGAAAACCGCAGACUUCAGGAAGCCAGCAUGCGGCUUGAGCAAGAGAAUGAUGACCUUGCCCAUGAACUUGUAACGAGCAAAAUAGCUCUUCGAAAUGACUUGGACCAGGCUGAAGACAAAGCAGAUGUCCUGAACAAGGAACUGCUCCUGACUAAACAAAAAUUAGUGGAGACUGAAGAGGAGAAGCGGAAACAGGAAGAAGAAACAGCUCAGCUGAAAGAGAUCUUCAGGAAACAGCUGGAGAAGGCGGAAUCUGAAAUAAAGAAGACAACUGCCAUUAUUGCAGAAUAUAAACAAAUUUGUUCCCAGUUGAGUAGCAGGCUGGAGAAACAGCAAGCAGCCAGUAAAGAAGAACUGGAGGUUUUAAAGGGUAAAGUCAUGGCUUGCAAACAUUGCAGUGAAAUCUUCAGUAAAGAAGGGGCACUGAAAGUGACUGCUGUGCCUAGAGAAGGUCAAGAAGCAGAAACAGAUGAUGAGAAGGAUGCUCUUAAAAAACAGCUGAGAGGGAUGGAGCUGGACCUAGCACAGACCAAACUACAACUUGUGGAAGCCAAAUGCAAAAUACAGGAGCUAGAGCAUCAGAGAGGAGCACUUAUGAGUGAAAUCCAAGCUGCCAAAAACUCUUGGUUUAGCAAAACGCUGAACUCGAUAAAAACCGCUGCCGGCACACAGCCACCACAACAGCCUCCACUGUUGUCUUCGCCCAAAGAGGGCAGCACAUAGUUCCAGCUGGCUUCCAAACAUAAGAGCACAAUGAACAUAGCAGCUGAAGCCCCAUGAAGAUUCCCCUGGUGCACCUUUUUGAGGGGGAAGGAAAAAACAAAAAGACAGGAGAGUCAGCCUGGAAACCAAUUUCUUGUGUCGUUCAUUUGUUCUGAUGUGCCCCUUUCUGAAGGGAAGUUGCUUAGAGAAUCCUGUUUUAUGUGGAAUACUUCUUUCCCAGCUGCCUUGCCGAAAGCCACGUCCUGAUACCUUCAUAUUUUACAUGUUAUUUUAUAUGCCUAGAUGUUGAACGAUGGGUAACAAAUAAUUUGGAACUAAGUGUUUAGUAUGUUGCUAAAGAUUAUUCAUAAUAUUUUUUUAUUUUGCAUAAAAGUUUUUUCUUCAGGGAAGAGAGAGAGGGCAGGGUAAAGUAAUGAAGAAAAAGCACAUGUAUCCUAAUGCCAGGCGGCUUCCUGGCGUCUCAGAUCAUCUCAAAGGUUUAUGGCUGUCAUUGCACCCUGUAGAGGCACUUGUUGUUUUUAGGGCUUGAAUCUCAGGCCACGUCUAUAAAACAUGGGACAAAAGUAAUUUUUAAAAAGUUGUUGUAAAGCUACUAAAUGGGAAGAUGACAUAAAAACUGCAUUUCCUUUAAUGCUGCCUUUACUUUCAGAAUUCCAUAAAUAAUUUCAUAUCCUGCAACUAAGGGAGGCCUUCCCCACCCCACCCCACUCAGUGUUCUCUUUUGCCAAUAAGUAGGCUUUGGGCACAAUCUACCGGAAAGUUCUCAUGAACAAGCCCCUUUAGAAGAAAAAGAAGGGCUUGAAGAGGAGAACUUCUUAGUGGAUUGUGCCCUUUGUGCUCUUGCACAGUUUUCAUUAAUGCCAGUGAGAUUGUGCAGGAGACAGCAGACAUUCCUGGUAAAAUGGGCCCAAAAGGCUUAGAUGGAAAGUGAUCCUCACCUUUGCUUGGUAGGGCAAACUUUUCAGAUGAUUCCUAUGUCUGUCUGGAAACCAUAUUUGUUUUAUAUCUUUCUAAUGUGCAAAAAAGCAUUUGUUACAUUUUUGAAUUGAACAUAAAAUGUUUAUAGAAAUGCUUAUUUCAUGGAGAAUUAAACAUAUUGAUGGAAAUAUUUUUUUUAUUAUAUUUAAUGUGUAUAAAUAAUGUCUCACUGGUCAACAUCACUACUGGAUGAGAAGCUGGUUGUGUAUUUGGUUUUCAUGUUAUGAAAAGUGUUCCAAGGACACUGUCUUCUUCUGAUUUUAAUCCAAAUUAUUGCAAUAGCCUACCAGUUCUGUACAAUAAAGUUUAACUCUGCUCA